AUGGAUCAAGAGCCGCCACCACCAUACUCUCCGUCUUCACCUAGCUCUGCCUCUCAGCCCCCAUCACAAAUUAACCUCUUGGCCUCAUCUAUUCGUUCCCAGCUCGCAGAUCUUCCGUAUCAGUUGCGACAGACUCGGCAAGCGCAUAAUGAACAGCAGAUCGAGCUCGACAUUCGCAUCUUGGAACACGUGAGGCCCACCAUCGAGACAUUUAUCAAUGAGCUGAGCCAAAUAAACCCUGCGCCAUCGCAGGCCAGCUUGGCGCUGCUUCCCAGAGUUGCGGUUCCCGCCGACGCUGAACUGAGCGAGUUUGAGGAAAUGCUCAAGCGUGGAGAGGUUGGCAGGGUCGUCCGACUUGACAUACAGCGAGACCUGAAAGGGGCUGGCGACAUGAAAACCACUACUGACCCAUCCUUGAUGAUCGCGGAUAAAUCAACAGAGCGAUAUGCUUCACACGGAGGUUCCUGGGAGCGUCCAGCUGCAGCGGGCUCUCCUCACAGCACACUGUGGUGGUCAGAUGAGGAUUUCGCCAAACGACUCGUGGUCCAUCUAUCAGAAGAGAGCACACCCACACCCACACCCAGUGCCACACCCUCGUCCACAAAGUCAAUGAGCCCAGUUUUAACAGCACAAACACCAUCUCCCAGAAGUAUGGUCCAACGAUUCUGGGGUCUUCGCCGGCAGUCAAGAUCACAGUCACAGUCACCGACCACAGUUUACUCGCAUACCCCAGACGGACUCAAUCAAGUGAUCAGCGCGGCUGGGACGAACGAGACUCCGCCAAACAACAUUCGCAUGCCGGUAAUGAAGUUUGUUGCUCGGAAAGUAACCUUCCGACAUGAGAAUGAUUUCGGAAUAUUCGAGAGCACUAGUGGAUGGGCGAUAGUGGCCACAGUACAGUUGUAG